AUGCAGAACGAUUUGGAGAUGUACAUCGUUCAAGUCGAAUCUCCAGAAAGUCAAAUUUCCACUCAAUCGUCAAGAAUGGAUUUGGAGAGCGGGUACAAGUCUUUCAUGCCAAAGACCAUAGAAACUGCUGACUCAGAUGGAAAUCCACGGUUGAUAUAUUCGUAUCAUAAUGUUAUCAUAGGUUUCGCUGCAAGAUUGUCAGCGAAACAGGUGAAGGAAAUGGAGAAGAAACCAGGCUUUAUAUCUGCGUGGCCUCAGAGGAUAUUGUCCUUGAACACUACCCAUACUACGAGUUUUCUUGGACUGCAUCAGAACGUUGGCUUGUGGAGGGAUGCCAACUAUGGAAAAGGUGUGAUCAUUGGAGUCUUGGACACCGGGAUUACCCCUGACCAUCCUUCAUUUAGCGACGUAGGAAUGCCUCCUCCGCCUGCUAAAUGGAAGGGCAAGUGUGAAUUGAAUUUCACUAAAAAGUGUAACAACAAGCUCAUUGGUGCAAGGAAUUUCCCAAUAAGCAGUGAUUCACCGAUAGAUAAUGAUGGACAUGGCACACACACCUCCAGCAUAGCUGCAGGAAGUUUUGUGAAAGGUGCCAAUAUCACCUGGCCAUUUAUAAGGGAUAAAGGACAAGCUGUAAAGGAUGCCGGAGGUAUUGCCAUGAUUAUCUAUAGUUUCCCUGAGUAUGGUUUCACUACGUCUGCUGAUGCUCACUUCCUUCCAGCUCUGUUUAUUACAUACAAAGACGGAAUUGAAAUUCUUGACUACAUGAACUCCACAAUUAAACCAAUUGCAAGAAUUUCAUUCCAAGGAACAAUAAUCGGAGAUAAAGAUUCUCCUGUGGUUGCUGUAUUUUCUGCCGUGGACCAAGCUACACUAGUCCUGUGGAGAGCAGCAUCGCUGAAAAGUACACACCCGACUUGGUCCCCUGCAGCUAUCAAAUCAGCAAUCAUGACAACCGCUAACACACUGAACCUCACCAAUGAUCCUUUCUUAGAUGAAAGGCUGCUUCCGGCUAACAUCUUUGCCAUUGGUGCAGGACAUGUCAAUCCAUCAAGAGCUAAUGAUCCAGGACUAAUCUACGACACCUUAUUAAAAGACUACCUGCCUUACCUGUGCGGUUUGAAUUACACAAAUCAACAGCCUCCAUUCUCCAUCAAAUUCGGGGAGAGUUCUCAGACAUAUACAAGAACAGUGACUAACGUCGGGGAAGCUAAAUCAUCUUACACUGUGGAAAUAGAUUCCCCACCCGGAGUCACUGUGAUUGUUAAGCCCUCUACUCUAAAAUUCUCCAAGUUGAACCAGAAGUUGAAAUACCAAGUGACGUUUACGAGAAGAGAUAAUAGCACAAAUAGUGGUAUUAGUCAAGGAUUCUUGAAAUGGAGUAGUAAGAAGCACUCUGUAAGAAGCCCAAUUGCAGUUAUCCUACCGCCUACAAUUGGUUUUUAG